UAUUCUGAAGACUUUUCAACGCAACAGGCACGUCUUACAGACUUGGACAAUCAUUUUCCUCCAGUGAUUUUAGUUAAAUGAACUAUGGAGCUUCGUAACCAUGGAAAACCAUCAUAAACACAACAAGUUAACAAUGGUACGCGUUUUCUUUUUCUGCAUAAUCUCCACGUUCUUAUUAUCUAUACAAGGCACCCUUACUCUCACUCCAAAUGAAUCAAUCCAAGGCAAUAGGACCAUGGUUUCUUCUGCUGGAACUUUUGAAGCUGGAUUCUUUCAGUUUGGAAAUUCACAAGAUCAAUACUUUUGUAUAUGGUACAAGAACAUAUCACCAAAGACUANUGUGUGGGUGGCCAACAGAGAUGCCCCAGUGAAAAAUUCAACAGCAUUUUUCACACUAACAGAACAAGGANUUCCUGUUAUUCUUNAUGCCUCAGGNAGUGUUGUGUGGNCCUCCAAUUCAUCAAGAANNGCUAAGAAACCAGUNAUGCAGCUUCUAGACUCGGGAAAUCUUGUUGUGCAAGAUGGAGACAGCACAAAAGACCUUUUGUGGGAAAGUUUUGAUUACCCUGGUGACACUUUCCUUGCAGGAAUGAAACUUCGUACAAACUUUNUGACUGGUCNUUUUAGGUUUCUNACAUCUUGGAGAAACGCAGAAGAUCCUGGNUUUGGUGAGUUUUCAUAUCACAUAGAUGCUCAUGGCUAUCCUCAACUGGUUACUACAAAGGGAGAANUUUUGNUCAGUAGAGGNGGGNCAUGGANNGGCNAUGNUUUCANUGGAGUUUCAUGGAGAAGAANGCUUAGACUCGUAAANUUUUCGCUUGAGANUAACGACAAGGAANUCAUUUACCAAUANANGACCUUAGAGGCUGAAACUAUUACNAGGUUAGUGAUCANCCCAUCUGGUNNUGUNCAACGUUUGUUAUGGUCGGGUGGCAGCCNGNGUUGGGAGAUUUUAUCNACUCGUCCCAUGGAUCANUGUGANUAUUAUUCCUUUUGUGAUGUGAAUUCACUGUGUAANGUUACUAACUCUCCAAAAAUAUGUACAUGUUUAGAUGGUUUUGUACCAAAGUUCUAUGAAAAGUGGAGUUCACUGGAUUGGUCUGGUGGGUGUGUCAGAAGAGUAAAUUUGAGUUGUGAUGGUGAUAGGUUUCGGAAGUACACUGGAAUGAAGUUCCCAGACACUUCUUCUUCUUGGUAUAACGAGAGUUUGAGCCUCGAGAAGUGUGAGGAUUUGUGUUUGAAAAACUGUUCUUGCACAGCAUUUGCAAAUAUAAAUGCCAGUGCGAGAGGGUGCGUGCUUUGGUUUGGUGAUAUUACUGAUUUGAGUAGACACACAGACCAAGGACAAGAUAUUUACAUUAGACUUGAAGCUUCAGAGUUAGUUUAUUCCUCAGAUCAUGGAGGGAGUAAUCAGAGCUUCAAUAGCAAGAAUAUCACAGGAAUAAUAGUAGGCAUUGUUUUCUUGGUCGUGGUACUUGGAUUGGCCACAUUCACUUAUAUGAAGAGGAAGAAGCUUGCGAAGAGAGAGCUGCUAAAAAUAUUUCAUUGGAAGUUCAAAAGGGACAAGGAAGAUGUGGAGUUAUCAAAAAUAUUUGAUUUUUCAACCAUCUAUGCUGCUACAAAUAACUUUUCACCCAGUAACAUAUUAGGAGAAGGUGGCUUCGGGCCAGUGUACAAGGGUAUACUGCAAGAUGGGCAAGAUAUUGCAGUCAAGAGGCUUGCAAAAACUUCUGAACAAGGAGCNGAGCANUUCAAGAAUGAANUCAUGUUAAUGGCAAAACUUCAACAUCGCAAUCUUGUAAAACUUCAUGGUUGUUCUAUUCACCAAGAAGAAAGGCUCUUGAUCUAUGAAUACAUGCCAAACAGAAGCUUGGAUUACUUCAUUUUUGAUUCAACGCAAAGUNAACAACUGGGUUUGACAAAGCGCCUUCAAAUUAUUGAUGGUAUAGCACGAGGGCUACUCUAUCUUCACCAAGACUCUAGAUUGAGAAUCAUCCACAGAGAUCUGAAAGCCAGCAAUAUUCUUCUAGACAACGAUAUGAAUCCAAAGAUAUCAGAUUUUGGUUUGGCUAGAACAUUUGGAGGAGAUCAAGCUGAGGCAAAUACAAACAGAGUGAUGGGAACAUAUGGUUAUAUGCCUCCUGAAUAUGCUCUCCAUGGACAUUUUUCAAUCAAAUCUGAUGUAUUUAGCUUUGGUGUGAUGGUAAUGGAGAUAAUUAGUGGGAGAAAGAAUCGCAGUUUUCAUGACUCUAAGCAUCAGCUUAAUCUUCUUAGUCAUGCAUGGAGAUUGUGGACUGAAGACAAGCCAUUGGAGCUAAUAGAUGAGGUAUUAGAUUAUCCAACCACACCAUUUGAAAUACUUAGAUGCAUUCAUGUGGGUCUGUUAUGUGUACAACAAACACCACAAAACAGACCAAACAUGUCCUCUGUGGUUUUGAUGUUGAAUGGUGAAAAGGUGUUGCCUGAGCCAAGUCCACCUGGGUUCUACACAGGCACAACCACUCAGUUUCCCAUUCAGGCAGAAUCUUCCUCCAGAAGUUGUGGAGAUAGAUCACAAAAUGAAGUUACAGUCUCCUUGUUACAGCCACGAUAGAGAACUAUUCUGUUCAUUAUUCAAGGAUUAUGAUUUCGAUUAUGAUGUUUUUGCAAAGAAUCUAACGUUGUGUUUUAUGUAUUUUUUAAUGGCAAACACAUGAAAUGAUAAAUGUAAAAUUUAUAAUGUUUAA